GCUGGGAGUGGAGAAGUAUGAAGUAGAGAAGCCGGGGGUUGAGGGGGCUACCGCAGCACAAGCACAGAGGGGGGGUGGGUAGUGUAGCCGUGCCGAUUGGCUGCUCAUAGACAUACAGCUACGGCUAGAAACACAACCAGGGGCAGGUCGACAGCAAGGAAACAAGAAUCAUCCACCUCAAUUGAAAAAGUACAGCCGGCGUUACGCAACGUUGAGAAAGGGGCCGCUGGUACAGUGAUAGCUAGCCUGAAGUGGCAGGAAUAUGAGGCUCAGGUUCUUGGCCUAGUGCUGCUGCUGCUGGGAUUUGUUGAUCCACUUUCACAAUUCUGGAAAAAAGGCUAUUUCGAGAACGAAAUCGAAGAGUUUUCAGCAAUGAUGACAACGAGCGACACAUGAAUGGUUGGAGACAUGACAGCAUGAGCUGCCUCCUAGGCAUUUCUGAGGCAUGCAGCAGCAAACAGCUGCACAGGUCUACCGCAUACUAAAAGAACUGACAGUCCUGUCUCAUCACAUGGAAACCUUCGCCCAUCAAAGGCACAGAAACCGGUCUUCCGGUCUACCGCCACUUAGAAGCACAAAGCUAAAGACCACUGCCUACCUUACAGUCCCUUGAGAAGAUUCUAGUGCCUGACCAUUGUGGAGAACUGCAUGGACCUGUUUUCACAGACAGGGAUCCUCAAGAUCCAUAAGAAUGAUUACCAUGUGACUCUGGGACGGGGUCCUGGGUUGUUAGUGUAAGCUAGGUGACAGCACCAGCUCUUUUACAGAAUCACAAAAAAUGGACACAACUUUUUCUGAUAGUAGAGCUGACAACAACUGCAUGUCCCCUCCCAGUCCAGACUUCAGUCUUGAUUCGUCCAGUCCUUUUGCAAAUGGCCUACACUUUGAGUCAAUUUUGUUUGAGGAUGAGGAGGAAGAAGAGGAAAUGGACACUGAGACAAGGUCUUUGUUAGAAAAUCCUUGUAGCAGCCCUAAAAACAACCUUUCUAUCAACACAAAUCCAAAGGUUAAAUUCAGUGUUGAGACCUGUCUAUCCAAAGGCAAACGUUCAACGGCCUGCACAUCACUGGAGCAAGAUAACUUUGAAGAAGAGUCAGGCGGUGACUGCGAUCCAGCUUCUUCGGUCAGUGGCCCAAAGGCAAAGCCUCUUCCCCCAGUGAAGUACCUAGAAGGUGAAGUUAUAUGGGCCAAGUUCAAACGUAGGCCAUGGUGGCCAUGUCGGGUGACAGUUGAUCCAGUAUUGGGAACUUAUCACAGAAUUAAAGAGCCAUGUGAUACACUUUCCCAUCAGUAUUACAUCAAGACAUUUGGAGUACCUGAAGAAUUGGCAUGGGUCACUGAGAAAGCCACCCAUAUAUUUGUGGGUGGAUAUCAGUUUCACAGUCUCCCUGGUCAAAAGAGAGGGGGACGACAGCAAGAUGAAAACUGCAGUUACUCUGUACCCAAGCGGUUUCUGAGCUCUUGGACUGCAAGUGUGGCUGAAGCAGAGGCACUUUUCCUGGAGAAGCCCAGGAUAACCAUACCAACAUCUGAGUUCAAAGAAAAGUGUUCAGUUGAUAGGACCAGAAGAGACCCAGAAGACAAGGCAUCCAUCACCCAGUUGUCCAUGGGAAGCCCUGAAAGUGGUCACCUACCCAAUGGGAAGAUUAUACAUAAAGACCAGAACAUGUUGAGUAAAUCUAAAUGCAAAAAAAAGCAAAGAAAGUCAUCAGCAGUGCUUUUUACAAAAUAUGAGGAGUUUGUUUGUGAAAAGGCUAAAUUGGAAGAAGCUGUAGACAGUCCUUAUUCUGACAUUGACUCGGUGCCACAGAUUCGCAGAUGUCCCAAAGGCAGAGACCAACCAAAAAAUUCCAUUGCUGAUCAGUCCUCAAAACAAAUCACAAACUCAAAUGAUAAAGAGGCGAAGAAAACCCCUGAGAGUCAAGGUGGCCUUUGGUUCAGCAAAGCCGGAAAAGGCCAAGCCAGUGGAGUAUUUAGUCGUGCAGGAAUUAAAUCUGUUAAUUGUUCCUUUGGUAAAGUAUCUUGUAAGAUAAAGAUGCCAGAUACGCCAAGCAUAAAGCCCAGAGACAGUCAAGUCACAGGACUUGAACACGUAUCUACAGAAGCUAAAAAAGCUUUAGACAGAAGAGUUGCAAGUCUUCCAGCUAGUCGUCGGCUGAUGACCAGAGCGCUGAGAGCAAUGGAGGUAGCUGAGUUGGAGAAGAAGCUGACAUCAAACGAAAACCAGGAGCAAAAUGCUGAAACAGCAAACAACAUUUCUAGAUAUACAUCUUAUGAAAAGGAAAAAGUGAAAUCAGCCUGCUCUUUACAGAAAACAUCAUCAACAGACGCAGGUCCAGAUUUGAAAGUCGACAUGACCGAAAAACCAAGUGAAACCUCCACGGUUUCUUCAGAUGAUGAAGGUGUGGUGAAAUCUGAGGAUGAAAGUUGUUUAAUAUCUCCUGAAUCUGCUGAUCUUAAUCCAAAAUUCAAACAAGAGACUAAUGUGUCUGAUAUAUCAAAUAGUUCAACUCCAUCUUCAUUGCUUUUUAAUAUGCAAGAUUAUGAAGACAUGAAAGAAAUAACCUUCAGGUCACUGGAAAGUGAAAAUAAUGGCAAGCUUGUAACAUUUCGACCAGAUGCUAACUAUAAAUUUAGCACAUUUCUGAUGUUGCUAAAGGAUAUACACGAUAGCCGAGAGAAAGAUGGCAGGCCCUUGGUAGUAGAACCUUUACCUACAGAUAUUCUCAUCAAAGAGGAGCCAUCCCUGAUUCCAGAAGAAGUUGCAAAGAAUGAUUCUGGCCAUGUUAAAAACGAUGACCAUAGUUCCUCAAUAGGUCCCCAGAAGUGUGACAAGGGCAGACUUGGUUUUAAAUCCAAACUCAAUAAAACAAAAACGAAAUUUGGUCCAAACAUGGUUAUGAACAUCCUUCAGAAUGGAGGGGCCGACAACGGUCUAAUUCAGGAACAUCAGUCAAUGUCUAGUGUACCAAAAUGUGUUCGUAGACCUAGUAAAAAAAGUCAACCUGCAAUGAACAAGAAGAACCUCAAUAAUACUGCUGUGCCUUCUGAGCUCCCAAAACAUGUAUGUAACUCAGAUGACAUGCAGAAGCCAGCAUGUCAUGUUGCUACAGAGGACCCUGAGAACAAUUUUUUUGGCAGUGUCCCUAAAAAACGCUGGCAGAAAUUUGACCAGGAUAAUGAAAAGGUGCUGCACUCAGAAGUCAGAAGUGACCAGGGACAGGUAUUGCUUUCAGAACAGAAAAGUGUUGUGAUACCUAAUGCAGAAGAUUCAAAUUUAUCUGCAUCCAGAAAAGAAAUGGACAUCAACACAGCAAACUUUGUUUCCUGUAGCCAUGAAGUUUCUAGUUUACCCACAGAUCGCAAACGCAUCAGAAAGCCUAGCAAAAGACUCAUAGAGUGGACAGAGGAAUAUGAUCAGAUAUUUUGCACAAAGAAGAAAGCAAAAAAGAAACCUGAAACAUUGCAGAAGGUUAUAAAGAACACAUGCAGUGCUACAAGUGAGAAAUUGUCAGGAAUACUGGAGCAUCAAGAACCAGUACAAAGUAUUUUGAAUUCCCUGCCUGAAAUUCAGACUCCUCCCCCUGAAGAGAGGUCCAAAACGCCUCCCCCCAUAGAGGAUACUCCAUGUCAAGAAGGUCAAGUCAUGGCUGUAGACACACUAACUCCGCCUCCAGAAACAGUCCCCUUUCCAUAUGGUGAAAACUGUUUUAAGGAACAGCUUCCGGUUCAUAGUUGUUCAGGCACUGGUAAUGGCACCUCUCUAAGUACAAAGAGACAAAGGAAGCCUACCAAGAAAAUUCUAGAAAGCUCAAUUGAAGCAGAACCAAUUCUAAUGCCAAAAAAGAAGGUGAAGUCUCAGAGAAACAGUUCUCCAGGGCAUGCUGCUAAUUCAGGGAUUGGCCAAUUAAAAAGUAAGAACAAGCAGCCUGCCUUGCUCACUCCUGAAGUUACUUGCACAGUUCCAGGAAGCACAGAAAAGGAGGCAGACACUACCUCUGCCAUCGCUGAGACAGUUAGCUUAGAGCCUGCUGAGGGUGGCAGAGAUGCUGUGGAACCUGAGAUAAUUGCCCCCAACUACAACCACACUCCUAACUCUGAGAUGAGAGAUGAAGGUGAUGAGGGACUCUCACCCAAUAAGAAACUCUCAGUGGACAAAGGGAGUGGGACCUUACUGAGGGACAAUGUUUGUCAGGUAUGUGAGAAGCAGGGAGAGCUGCUUUUGUGUGAAGGCCAUUGCUGUGGUGCGUUCCAUCUUCAAUGUGUCGGCCUGACUGAGCCUCCGGUGGGGAAGUUUUUGUGUCAGCAGUGCACUUCCGGUAUACACGAAUGUUUUGAGUGUAAGAAACUGGGAGAUGAUGUGAGGCGGUGCAUUAUCCCUCUGUGCGGAAAGUUCUACCAUGGGGAGUGUAUUGCUAGCCAUGCGCCAACUGUGCCAUUAAACCGAGGCUUCCGCUGCUCCCUCCAUGCUUGCCUUGCUUGCUUCAUCACCAAUCCAGGCAACCCUUCUGUCUCGAAAGGACGACUCACCCGCUGUGUUAGAUGCCCAAUAGCAUACCAUGCUACAGAUUAUUGUAUACCUGCUGGAAGUGUAAUUUUAGCCAACAACAGCAUCCUGUGUCCGAACCACUUUGUUCCACGCAAAGGUUGUCGCAAUCAUGAACAUGUCAAUGUCAGUUGGUGCUUUGUUUGCUCAGAAGGGGGAAGCCUGCUUUGUUGCGAGUCCUGUCCUGCAGCCUUCCACCGUGAGUGUCUUAACAUUGAGAUGCCGGAGGGCAGCUGGUUCUGCAACGACUGUCGGGCUGGCCGGAAACCACACUACAAGGAGGUGGUGUGGGUUAAAGUGGGUAGAUAUAGAUGGUGGCCUGCAGAAGUAAGUCAUCCGAAGAACAUUCCAGAAAAUAUCCUGCGAAUGAGACAUGAUGUUGGAGAGUUUCCAGUUCUGUUCUUUGGUUCCAAUGAUUACCUGUGGACCUAUCAGGCUCGUGUCUUUCCAUACAUGGAGGGAGAUGCCAACAGUAAAGAAAAAAUGGGAAAGGGGGUUGACUCCAUUUACAAGAAAGCUUUGGAGGAAGCUGCAGUAAGAUUCAAGGAACUGCAGGCAGAGAAGGAACUUCGGCAGCUUCAGGAGGACAGAAGAAAUGACAAGAAACCUCCACCUUACAAGCACAUUAAGGUGAACCGACCAAUUGGUAAAGUGCAGAUCAUCACAGCUGACUUAUCUGAGAUUCCACGCUGCAACUGCAAAGCAACAGAUGAGAACCCAUGUGGAAUGGACUCAGAGUGCAUAAACCGCAUGCUGCUGUACGAAUGCCACCCUCAGGUGUGCCCAGCGGGAGAGCGAUGCCAGAACCAACGCUUUAUGAAGCGCGAGUACUCCCAGGUGGAGAUUUUCAGAACGCUGUCACGAGGCUGGGGCCUGCGCUGCUGUCAUGACAUCAAAAAGGGGGACUUUGUUAGUGAGUACGUUGGAGAAGUGAUUGAUGAGGAGGAAUGCCGAGCACGGAUCAGACAUGCUCAGGAGAAUGACAUUGGGAAUUUCUACAUGCUAACACUGGACAAGGACCGUAUUAUUGACGCAGGACCCAAGGGAAAUGAGGCCAGAUUUAUGAACCAUAGUUGCCAGCCUAACUGUGAGACCCAGAAAUGGACAGUGAAUGGAGAUACUCGGGUUGGACUUUUUGCACUGGUAGAUAUUUCUGCUGGUACUGAGCUAACAUUCAACUAUAACCUUGAGUGUCUGGGGAAUGGGAAGACUGUGUGUAAAUGUGGUGCACCCAACUGCAGCGGUUUCCUAGGAGUGAGGCCAAAGAACAAUCCUCCAUCAGAUGAUAAGGGUCGUAAGAUGAAGAAGAGAGCUCACAUGAAACGCAAACCACAGCAGGAACUGACCAAGGAGCGAGAAGAUGAGUGCUUUAGCUGUGGAGAUGGGGGCCAAAUGGUUUCUUGCAAGAGGCCAGGGUGUCCAAAGGUUUACCAUGCAGACUGCCUCAACCUGACCAAGAGACCUGCAGGCCGUUGGGAGUGUCCUUGGCACCAAUGUGACCUCUGUGGCCAAGAGGCAGCCUCCUUCUGUGAGAUGUGCCCCAGUUCCUACUGUGUGGAACAUCGAGACGGCAUGCUCUUCAUCUCGAAGCUAGAUGGGCGCCUGUCCUGCAGUGAGCAUGACCCAUGUGGGCCUGAACCCCUGGAGCCAGGAGAGAUUCGGGAGUAUGCACCAGAGCACGCUACUGCCUACCCCAACAAAACCCUUCCCCUGUUCAGGGCAGCUAACAAUAGUGUACCCUCGCAAAACUAUCUACCUGCUCCCACAGGUCCCUCCUCUGUGCCCAGCUCAACACCAGUGAUGCCCUCUGGUCCUUCUAGUCCUUCCGUUGCCAUUAACAUAACUUUGCACAAUGCAUACUCGCCUAUAUCCUCCUGUGGGGAGGAUAAAGAAGAUGAAGAAGUCUUUGUGGAACAGGAGGAAAGGGAAUUGGAAGGUGUGAAAAUUAUGGAGGACACUGAAGGACAAGGAGAUGAGAAAUAUGCUACUCAACGUGAAUUGUCAAUACAGGAUAGAAGAGAAAAAAGAGGUAGGAGAGCUAUCCUAGCUCAGUGAAUCUGUUCGCUUUUUCACUCUGCUGUCCCAAGGAAGGCUUUAGCUAUAUACAAUCCACUAACAGUAUAUCUAUAGUGUUUUUGUGUCACUACUGCAGUAGACAGUGUCAAUGGAUAACAGUGGAGUUCAAGCUGCUUGAUGGUAGCAAAAGACAAUGGACCUGUUGGUCUUAAGUGGCUGAUUUAAUCCAUUUUUUGGUUUAUCUAAUCUCAGAUCUGUUUACAUGUCAUUUUCAUACUGAUGAAAACAAAGACUUCAGAGUUUUAGUGAGCACUGUUAUGUAGUUGACAGUGUAAAACAUGAAAGCUGAAACUUUAGAUAAUUAGUGUUGAAAAGGUGUACAACUCUUUUUUUUAUCUGGAUGAACUGUUUUUAGAGGAAAUCACAGAUAUUCAAAUCAUGAUUUAAAGUAUCCCUGUUCAUGAAAUGAUUUUCCUGAAAAUCAUUUUCUGUUGUGUUCAGAUCUGUAUACAAGAAAUCUUCAACACAGAGGGCUGCAGUUGCUCUCAUAAACAUGAAUGAUCACAACUAAAAAAAAUAGUUGUGAUCAGUUUUUCAAACUAAAAAAGGCAUAGAAAGGUGUGAUCAUACUUCAGGGCGAAAUAGGUCUGCUUUUGGAAAUGCCUGAGCCUGUGAUGCAUACACUAACGAAAACACUUGAAGUGCGCAUUCAGUUUUUGUGUUUAUAAUGCCGUUUAGGCUCAUACUGAGAAUGAUGCUAGUUACAAAUUGUAAUUUUUUGAUGGACUACAAUGAAAGUGGCUUCCGGUAACUUGAGUUAUUAUAUGUUCUAGUGCCCCAUUCAGUUGUCUUGCCUUACCAAAACUUAUUUUUUAAGACUUAAAGACUGUUGCUUUCAUGUUUAGAGUUCCACUAAGAUCUAAAAGCUUUUGGUAUAUUUACAAAUAUAAAUGCAUAGGCUAUCGAAUGGCUAUGAAAUGUUAAAUUUAGCUUAUGUCAUGCAUUCCAUACAGUGAUUAUUUGCUGAAUGUGGCAGUGGAUGUCCAUGAUAGCGGAGUUUUGCGCAUCCUCUCAAAUCAGGAAAUGAACUUAAAACUUGUUGAUUUUAUUAUGAUUUAAGGACUAAGUGGCCUAAAAUGUAUGUUGGUACCUAUUUACAAUAACACUAUCACACAAAAGUAAGAUCCUUAGCAGAGCUCUGGCCUUUUGUUUUAGUUAUAAGACAUAAAUUUACAAAGGAUUCAGCCGAAUCCACCUCACAUCUCUUACAUGUACUGCGCCCACCUUUUGUUCUUUAUGCCUUUGAGCAAAUGCGCACAAGAAAAAAGACUUUUGAUACAGUGCUGUACUACUAAGUAUAAGUUUGGACAAAUACCAAACAUACCCUUGACUUUAGCAUCACCUGCUGGUAAGAUUUUAAAAAACUACAGCGCCAGAUUUCCAUCCAAAAUUUAUACCUUGAACGUAUCUCUGAGUGUUGAGUAAUGUGUAUUAUAUUGUGUCUAUAGGUUGCAUAAACUGGCUGCCAUUAAGUAGGAGCAGGAGUGAUUGACCAAUUUAUUGUGUAUAUUUGUACAUUAAAGCUCUAUACAAAAGCCACAUAGCAGUUUCUGCAGCUAGCUAACUUUAGAUGUUCUGGUGUACAAGUUCCCGCAAGAAUUUUGACAAUAACAUUUCAUAAUUUUGAGUGACGUUUCAUCGAAAGUUUUUACUCUUGAUAGCAUAGUAAAAGUAAAAGGCAAAUAAUGAGGCAAAAAAGACAAUGGGAUUCAUCACUACAAUCUGGCAAUGGGCCGAUGUAUUUGAUUGGGCAGAUCUGAUUUUGGAUUCUCUGCAUGUUUGCUCGCUGUCCCCCGUUUAACAGAUUGGUUUACCAAAAAGUGAUGUGGCACAAAGGUCAUAAUCAAACAGCUAGUGUGUUGCACUUGUAGUAACAUUACAUGUUUUUAACUGCACUCAUAUGUACACAGACAGCUCAUAUUUUUACACUCCUCCGAGAACCUGCCAUUGUACUGCUUUUGGUCUGCUUCAUGGUGGUGUAUCAGCCAAAAGACAAAAAACAAAACAAAAAAAAAAAUCCGCUGCCUUGUGAGAGAAUUUAAUUGUGCUGUAGCGCUUUGUACAUAAUAAAUGACAGUACUUAAAGUUUCACAA